AUCAAGAUGGCCUUACUACGUAAUUGUUCCAUCUUCCUGUGUCUCCUCGCGCUAACCUAUUCGGCAUCUGUUGACAAUUAUGAAAAUUCCAAAGUGCAGUUAGAAGAAUACAUACAGAACAAGAAAAAGGACAUCAAUCCGAGAUUUCGGCCGUUAUAUCACGUAGUCCCACCCGUGGGAUGGAUGAACGAUCCAAAUGGAUUCUCGUAUCACAAUGGUGAAUUCCAUCUUUUCUACCAAUUUUAUCCAUAUGACAGCGUCUGGGGCCCGAUGCAUUGGGGACAUUCGAGCAGUCCCGAUCUUGUCAACUGGAAGACGCUACCCACAGCAUUGCUGCCUGAAAAGGAACAAUGUUUCUCUGGAAGUGCUGUGAGCGAUGGCGACACGAUGAUUCUUAUGUACACCGGCCAUGCCAGCAUUGACGUCGAACCUUAUUACAACGAAAGCCAGUAUCUAGCGUACAGCGACGAUGGAAUCAAUUUCCACAAGUACGAGGGCAACCCGGUUCUACCAAGAUCACCGAACGGCUCCCCUGAUUUCCGUGACCCGAAAGUAUGGAAACGUGGUGACGAUUACUACGUUAUUAUCGGAAGUAAGACUUCGGACAAUCGAGGACGAGUUCUUCUUUACAAAUCGCGGGACAUGAAAAAUUGGGAGUUUUUAAAUGUAUUAGGUGAGUCCAAUGGAGAUUUAGGCUACAUGUGGGAAUGCCCUGACUUUUUCGAACUAGACGGAAAAUUCGUUAUUCUUAUGUCGCCCCAAGGAAUGGCACCCCAAGGAGACAGGUACAAAAACACCUUCCAAAAUGGUUACAUAAUCGGCAGCUUCAAUUACGAUACUAAUGAAUUCGUGCCAGAAGUACCAUUCCAGGAAAUAGACUAUGGACAUGACUUCUACGCUGCAACAACGACUGAAGCAAAUGGAAAACGUUACGUGGUUGCGUGGUAUAGUAUGUGGGAAAUGGCGCACCCCGAGGACGUUGACGGAUGGGCCGGGGCAAUGACAAUGCCUAGAGAAAUGUCUAUUGUUAACAACCGCAUCUACAUGAAACCUGUUGAGGCGAUGGUCAACCUGCGUGAUGGUGUAGCGGUCGAUGGUGACGUAGGAUCGUAUGAAGUUCGGGAGUUCGGAAAAGCGGUUGAAAUAUUCAUUGAUAGUGAUCUCAACCAGAAAAUCGACGUGUUGUUUGAUGGUCGCGAUGGUGGUGGUAAGGUAUGGCUACGUUGGAAUCCAGAGUUUCGCAAAGUUGUUGUAGACAGAGGCGCAAAUGAUGUGAGGGAAGUAUUAUGGGAACCUGUUGCAUCGAAAACCUGGAGAGUCUUCUUGGAUUCUAGCAGCAUAGAACUUUUCUGCGGAGAGGGUGAAGCAGUUUUCAGCAGUAGAGUGUAUCCUCUCGGCGGUUGGAGGAUGGUCAACGAGAGUCCUCAAGCUCUUCGCGUUAAGGCUUACAAUUUAAGAAGAAGCGUACCGGAAUAAUUUGGCAAGAAAAUUGAUAACGAUUAUGCUCAUAACGACUUCUGACAUUUUUGUAAAUAUCUAAAUUAGUAUUUGUUUUACUUUUUUUAUGAAACGAAAUUUCAAUAAAUCCUCAUUUUUA